CGGCAGCUGGCAGCGGAGGGCGGCGCAGCGCUCUCGCCUUCUCCAGCUCGGCCGCCGAUGCCAUGAAGCCUUUCAGAGCGCAGAAGCCCCCCGGGGACCAAGGUUUGUUAGAAGACGGAGGGGAGCUGGCGGACGUCCUGUACGAGUUUGACGCGGUGAUAGAGGACUUCUCGUCGCCCACAAAGGAGAAGCACUUCCAAUAUGAGGAACAUCUGGAGAAGAUGAAGAGACGGAGCAGCACCAGCAUCAGUGACUCUGAGAGUGCCGACUCCCUGUGUGGACACAGCCUGAGCUUUAGCGAUGAAAAGUUACAUUCCUCUCCUCCGUCCAGUCCUUCUGGCUCUUCUCCCACGAUCGCCUCUCGCAAAGCAAAACUUGGAGACACCAAAGAACUAGAAGACUUUAUUGCUGAUCUUGAUAGAGUUUUGGCAAGUAUGUGAAACACUGAAUUUUGACCCAAAACCUGCCUUCAAAAGGAUGAGAUGGGAGUUAUAUUCCUACAACCCACUAUCUAAUGGGACCGACACAGGAUUCCUUCCCUUCUCAGUAUUUUUCCAGCAACUGCCUCUUACACUUUUAACAUGUCGUAAUUUUUAGGUGAUUUUAAGUGAUUUUUCUACAGACAGAAUCAAAUAACACAAGUGCUCAAAAAGGCUUUUUUUUAAAAAAAAUGUAGCUUAACAUUCAUUUAAAAGAGCUUUUAUGAAGAAAUUGGAUAUUCUAUAUCAUGAACUUUGAAACGUUUUCACGAUAAUAUAUUUUUGUACGCAAAUAAAAGCUAAACUGGAACUUAAUAUAUAUAUAAAUAGGGCGAGAGAGAGAUUAAACAGAUGGAUGGAUGGAUGUUUGUCUAGAUGAAUUGAUGGACAGACAGAUGAAAGAUGGAUGGAUGGAUGCUAAUUAAUUGAGGAUAGGUAGCUAGUAGUAUAGGAUGAAUAGAUGGCUAAUUAAUUGAGAUAAAUGAGAAAUGAAACACAUAGAGGGGUAGAUGGAAGUUUAAUUGCAUGGGAGGAUAGACAGAGAGAGAUAUGAUAGAUAGAAAGAGAAAGAAAUGGCAAUAGAUUGAUAGAGGGCUAAUUGAUUAAUAGAGGGGAUUGAUAAAUGGAUGAUAAAUUACAGUGGAUGGAUGAAAGAGAUUGUUUGAAAGAGAAAAUGAUAGACAGGUGCGAGAUAGAAUACAUGGAAAGGCUGAUAAAUGUUUAAUUGAAAGGGAUGGAUGAAUAGAUAGAUGGACGGACAGAUAGAUACAUAGUUGAAUGGAUAAUUGAUAGAGAAAGGGAUAAGAUUGGUAGAGAGACAAUGUUUAAAGGCUAUGAACUACUUCCUGUUUUGUAUUUGUGUCCUACUUUUUCCUCUACAAACUUGUGGUAAUUAGUUAGAAUAGUCUCCAUCUAAAUACUAGUCAGGAAUUCCAGAUGUUCAUUAAUGUCAUUUGCCCCUACGAUGGGAUGAGAUUCCUUGCCUGAUAAUUGCUUUAGAUGACUCCAGAGACACCACAAUAGCCACAGAAGCUUAAUUGUGUUCCACAAUGAUUUGUCUCAACCAUUCCGUUCACAGCAAAAGCUCCCUUUGAAUAAUAUCAGCAGUAAAACAGCCACGCAGGGUUGUUCUUUGCCAAAAAAAGCUACAAGAUAAAAAUCCUCUUCAAAACCGUGGUCCAGAAACAGCGUGCUUAAUAAAAGCUAAGCUUUGAAGCCUCAAACGUAGUAACUUAUUUCAUGAUUAUUCUUCAUGCUCCCGCACGAAAGGAAGCUGUGAAUGGUAAUUACAAUAGCUUGAAGCCGGCAAAUGUUUUUUUUUUAAUUUGGAUGUACAUAUUUCCUGCUGUGCAAUAAAUGAACUCUUUAAAAGAG